AUGGAGCAUAGACGUCUGAUUGCUGCUAUAAACGAGCUCGAUGAGCUUUUAAAGAAAUCGCCUUGGAAUUAUACACCAGAGCCAAAAAGUGCCGUAGAAUCGUCAAGAACAAGACAAGAAGGAAACGAUUUGUACGUGCACAACAAGCAUGAUGAGAAAAUACACUUGGAAAUACUGAAACUCUAUACCCAAAGUGUCGCGUUCGCGCCAAUGGGUUCCGAGGAACUUGGUUUGGCUUAUGGUAACAGAUCAGCUUUGUUAGCUCAUUUAAAGAGAUAUCUUGACAGUAUUGAGGAUUUGGAAAGAGCUAUGAAACUGGCGACAACGGAUAUUCAACUUAUCAAGCUCAUGUGUCGUAAGGUCGAAUAUCAGGCAGAGUUAGGUCUAGAAGAGGCGGAAUAUACCUGCGAGGAAGCUAAAAUAAUCUUGGAAGAGAUCAAAGUGACCGACAAGGUAAAGAAGAAACUCGUUGUAAAACUAGUCAAGGCUAUUAUCAAGCUGAAAAGGGGCGAAUUUAAAAUUCAAGAAGAAAAGCCGAAACUUGAUCUUCCCAACAUAGCCUCAUCAGCCUUAUCAAUCACCCACGUACCUCAAAAUUAUCAUUACGGUCGUCAUUUAAGAGCCACACGUGACAUUGUUCCUGGUGAAAUCCUCUACGUCAGCGAGCCGUACGUUAGUUGUCCGAUCGACAUCUACCUCAACUGUUCGCACUGUUUGCGUUUCGCUUGGUCGCCAUUGCCGUGCGAGAAUUGCGCUCACGCGGUCUACUGCACGGAGAGAUGUCGAGCCGUCGCCAAGCAAUUGUAUCAUGACGUGGAGUGUAAAGUUAUGGAAUGGAUUUGGAAGAGUUCACAGAGAAUGAAUGCUGCGAGAACUAUGAGCAUUAGAAUGGUUAUUAUAGCUGUGAAAGAAGCUGGUGGAUUGAAGAAGUUGAGGGAAAAAUUUGACGAGGUUGAUGCAUGCAUGGACUACCGCAAACGAGGAUUCUCAGGGCCACAUUUCGGCAACAAUUACCUCAGUGCCUACAGUCUCCGAACGAAUGCAAAAAAACGAUCGCACAUCGAGCAACUCGCCAUAUCCAAGGAUUCGGCUGUGCUUCUGCACCUACUCGCCAAGCACACGCCGUUUUUCCGCAAGUACUUCGACUCCGACAAAAGAGCUCUGCAGAGCAGCGAAGACGCUCUGUUCGUGGGAAAAUUACUCUCGCAUUAUCAACAUCUUACACUGCUUAACGCUGUGACGGUGAAGGACUUGUACAAGGUGUCGUCGACGGAGUGGAAUUGGUCGCCACUCACCGAGGAACACAGCUCGGGGCUGUACCUUACACCGUUUUUAAGUCUGCUCAAUCACAGCUGCUUUCCCAACGUCAAAAGCUGCGAAAUGGGCGAUCGUUCCACGGUUCUCUAUGCUAUCAAACCGAUUGCUAAAGACGAACAGGUAUUUUGCUGCUAUGGACCGAUGUACUCAGAGAUGAGUAGAGAUAAGCGUCGGAAAUUACUAUCGGAGCGCUUUCAUUUCGACUGCGACUGCAUCGCUUGUGAGGAAAAUUGGCCCAUGUUUCCUAAGCUCAUUCACAAUUUAAUCACAUUCAAAACAUUGAUACACGCCGAAAUCAACGCAACGAACGGAGCUCAACACAAGUGUGACGAGAUCACCGCAAACUUACGAGCCGACAAUAACAAUUUCAAUUUCAAUCAAGAAACCAUUCGCGAUUUUUGCUAUGCCAUUUACCUAACCAUAAAAUUUUGCAAACUACCAAAUUGGCGCAUAGCAAGUCUUACCGCGUCCCUCGUCACAAUUUUCAAUUGCAUCUAUGGUCAUAUAGUGGGAAUACCUGAGCAAUGUUAA